CAAACAAAUGACAGUUGUAAACAAACCGCGCGCGAUUAUGUUCCAAAGAGAAAUGUUGAAAUUCUUCUAAUUUCCUCAAAUCCACAUUAUUCAUAAUUUAAUUAUGUACGUAGCGUUAGUACACAGAAGUUCGAUAUUCUAUUAAACUUGACUUAGAUAUUACUAAGAUGAAUGAAGACAUUAAUAUUACGUUUAUCAUACCAGAAGAUUGCAGUGAUGAAAAUGAGUGUUCUGAAGAAAUGCAAUUGGCUUUUACCGCCUGUGAGCAGCACAGUGGCGGAGGGAUCAAACCUAAAUGGGUGCAGCAGUGUCAGUGGAAGAAAUUUGAAGGCCUAACUAAAAGAGAUGUAUUUGUCUUAUCUCAAUUUGAGGGAGAGUUAUUUGAUAGAUUAAAAAGUACCAAAUGCUUACUCGUCGGUCCCCGCUGCUUAUCAUGUUGCUUGAUGGAAGGUACUCCCAUCCCUUCAGCACCAGAACCUGUGUUCACCAUAGCGAUGAGAGGACUGGUUGUAACGGCAAGUGGGCUAUCAAAACAACAGAAGGAAAAAAUUAAACAAAGAGUUCACUGGAUGGGUGGACUGUAUAGUACAGUGUUGACGGAAGACACAACUCAUCUUGUUUCUGAUACGGUCUUAUCUGAUAAGUAUAUUAAAUCAGUCGAAAGGGACAUACCUGUAAUGAGUGAGUCAUGGGUGGAUGCUGUUUGGGAAGCGUCGUUACGUCUCAAUGUUAACGGGUCGUCAUCUGAAUUUGAUGAAUACAAACUACCACCGUUUGCUAACUUACAGGUCACGACAUCAGGUAUAAGCAAAAAGGAAAAACAAAAUAUAAUGAAGUUAGUCAAUGAAAACGGUGGCGUGUUCUCUGGAGCUUUUCAGAGUGAGACGACUGACGUUGUUGUGUUAACUAAGGAGGGUGUUGGGAGCGAAAAAUACAAAGCGGCGGUUGAGUAUGGCAAAGCCUGUGUAGUUCCAGCUUGGGUUGUUGAGAGUGCUCGUAAAGGAGUUUGUGAACCGUUAGCCAAGUAUCGUGUAGCUGGUGCCUCUACGUCUUCACCGCUGGCAGAACACCGAUUACCAGAUAUGAGUCUAAAUUUUUCUCGCAUAACAAACUUGAAACCACCAAACAAUUUUGUUGACGAAAGCAGAGCUGUGGACAUGUCUACGUUAUCCUGUAAGAUGAAGUUAUCACAGGAAAGUAGGAAAUCGCACGACUCGUCGUUCGAUAAGGAAAUAAUAGCAGAGUUUGAAAAUUUCGACAUGAGUUGUAUUAAAAAGGCUGGACCUAUCUUUGAUGGAUUUUGUAUCUGGGUGUCGGGCCUGUCGGGGGUGGCCCGCGAGCGCGCCGCCGCGCUCAUCUCGCGCUGCGGCGGCGUGCGCUACGACCAGCCGCACGAGCGCGUCACGCACACGCUCGCCACGCGCGCCGCCGCGCCCGCCGCGCGCCGCGCGCUGCCCGCCGCGCCCGUGCUGUCCGCGCUGUGGCUGCCGCGCUCCGUGCGCGCCGCGCGCGCGCUGCACGAGGCGGAGUUCCUCCUCGAGUCUGAACCCGUCACGCCAGUUAAAUCCAGUACUCGUAAGCCGAACAUCGAAACCGCGUCCCCCAUGAGCAAACGCAACCUGCAGCUGCUUCGUAAACCACUAAAUUUGCCACCACCGGUAACGGAGGCCGAACCUGAGCCUGAAGAGAAAGAUGAGCUCGUCAAUCAUUAUUUGAGCCAAGUAGCCCCUGAACCACAAGAGAAAACACCGGAACCAGCGCCCGGUCCUCAAGAACCAGAUGUAACUGAAGAUGUGACGAAUGAUCCAACGGAAGAAAUAGAACAGAUAUUUAGAGGUAUAAAGAUCGAAGUUCACGGUUUGGAUGAUGAUGCGAUAUGUGAAAUCGGUGCGGAAGUAGCGGCCGCUGGUGGUUUACUGGUGGCUGCUGGUACUGGCGGCUCGUACGCGCUGGUGCCGUUGGACUGGGAUAUGCAGGCAUCAGUGGAGAUGGUCACUGUCUUCUGGAUUAAAGACUGCCUAUCCCAGCAAGAGUUGCUUCCCGUGCAAUACUACCAUCGGCCCGUGAAACUGCCUCAGUGGAACGGUCCAGGACCUCUGGUGGGUGUGGUGGCGAGUCUGAGUACCUACAGUGGAGUCGAACGGGCUUUCCUAGAUGAAUUAGCUAAAUUACUUGGAGCUACUACCCAGCUCCGUUUCUGCCGUCGCAACACGGCCACGGCGCUGGCGUCCACCCACCUGAUUUGCCCCGCGGCGGCGGGCGACAAGUACCAGGGCGCCGUGAAGUGGGCGCUGCCGGCCGUCACGGCGGGCUGGCUGCUGGGCUGCGCGCGCGCGGGCAGACGCCUGUCCGAGCGCGGCUUCCUGGUGGGCGACACCGCGGGUGAGCCGUCCGGCCUUGUAGCCGCCUGCCCGAGCGCGGCUUCCUGGUGGGCGACACCGCGGAAUAAUAAGAUAAUAUUCAUGUUUUCAGCGCCACCAUCACCCGAACAAUCUAGGAAUUCUGGAAUCCAACCAGAGCCUGAAGCUAAAUGUACAAAUGAACAAAGAGACAAAGAAAAUACAAUGCGCCCGCCAGCAGCUAACAAUAUAAUCCGGCGAGGGUCUUCCAGCAAAGAACAGACACCAAAGGGAAAAAUCGGAACUGAUAGCGAUGCCGAUAUGUCACCAGCCUCACGUUACAUAGCGAUGGCUCGGCAAGGGCUACUGGGAUGUGACUCGCAGGAAACCCCGAAACGAUUGCAAGAACUCAAGGAAGAUGGUAAACAAGGAGACAUCCGAACACCUCCGCUAGACGAUGCUCUGUCCACCCCCAACCUCAUGGGUCUGAGUCCCACUACGCGAAGAAGGUUGCAGGCAGUAAGGCGAGGGGAAAUGCCCUCCGAUCCCAUAAGGACACCGGUCGACCCCUUCGAUAGAAACCCUGAAACACCGGAUAGCGCGUUCGGAGCGGCCCUUCGUCCUGGUUCAGGGCGAUUAUCCCCCGAAGCGAGGAAACGUCUCUGGAAAGUCGUGAACGAUUUGCCUUCUAAACAACAAGAUACAUCGCGUGAUAAGCAGACACCGUUAUCAGAGAUCCGCAACAGAUAUCUGGCCCAGUUCGCGGCGGGCGCGGCCACGCCACCGGUAGAGCUACCAACCGUUCCCAGAAAGUUACACUUACAGGAUCAAGCUGAUACCCCGCCUCCGAAGAUAGCAAAGCUGUCUGUCGAUCACAGCGCUGGUGGACGCAACGUAAGCGAAAUAGAACAAAUAGAUGACAACGCCAAAACCUCAAUCAGCGCUCGUAGCGCUACAAACGACAUUGAAAAAGAUCCAUACAACAAUCGUAGCACUGUAAACGACAGUGGAAAGGAUCAAUUCAGCACUCGCAGCGCUACAAAUGACGUUGGCAAUAAUACAUCAAGCAAUUGCAGUGCUGCAGGUGGUGAUGAAUCGUCAAGCGCUCGUGGCGCUGCUGGUGCUUUAGCUGCCGGUGUUGACGUCCAGCUGCAGCGCUUAAAUGCUGUGCUUACUGGGAGAUUGAGCACACAAAGAAAGAGGACUCGAGAUUCGAUAGCUUCUAAUCCAGAGCCCGCACCCGCAUCGGAAGUAGAUGCGUGUCCAGAGUCUCAGCCAAACACAGUAGGGUGGGACGAUGCCGCACCUGUCGCCGCCCCUUCCGCCCCUUCCGCCCCUGUCAAGAGAAAGUUCAUGCUCUCCUCCAAUGUCGACAAUCGUGAAGAAAUCGUGGAGAUGAUCCAGCAACUGGGCGGUGAGGUGAGCGACGGAUCUGAACUAGACUUGGAGGCGACUCACUUGCUGUGUGCGGCGCCUGGACGAAGUGAGAAAAUGUUGGGUUCAAUAGCGGCUGGGAAGUGGGUUCUGCAUCCCGCAUACGUGGCGCGGAGUCGUCAAUCUGGCCGCUUUCUGCAGGAAGAAGAGUUCGAGUGGGGCAACCCUCGCGCGACGGCCUUACCGACGCUGUCCGGAGGAGAGAAGGCGCUGGCGCGAGCGGCGCACCGCUGGCGGUCGGCGCGUGAGCUCCGCGACAGCGCGCCCUUCAGCGACACGCGCGCGCUGCUGCACGUGCCGGCCGCGCGCCGCCGCCUGCUGGCGCGCCUGCUGCACGCGGGCGGCGGCCUGGCCGUCCCCGACGAGCCACCGUACACCGACGACAGUAUAACAGUAUGCUUCGCAGAUAUAAAGAGAUAUCCAUUAUCCGAUAGAGACGCAGCCUGGCUCAUAUCUAAGCGUAUACCGGUCUGUCCGCCGGUACUACUCAGUUCUUAUCUAACUGAUGAAGUGCCUCCCGACCCAGUUGAACAUUGCAUAGCAGAAUAUAGGCCUAAAUGAUUUUAAAUAUUGACAAUAUGAUGUAUAAUAAAUUAAUUUACGUUUUUUUA